AUAGAGAGGUGGGGGGAGGGGGUCAGGAGAGAUAGAGAGAGAGGCAAGAGAGAUAGAGAAGGUGACGCUAGCAGAGACAGAGUGCAGAGUAGCGCUGAACUGAAACGAGAGAGUUUAAAGGAGUGAUGUGAGAAUCAGCAGAAACUUUUCCCAGUAUUUUCAAAAGGUGUAAUAGCAUACAAGUGGGGGAGAAAUAGACAGGUACAGACCCCACAGGAAUCCAGGAAGUUUCCUUCCUUCUCUCUUUACACCCCCCCUGCAAUUCCCAGCACUAAGCUAGAAGCAGAGGGUGGGCUGUGGGGUGUUGGAGGGAAAGGAAAAGGAUGGGUUUGCUCAGUGUUGACCUGCUCAUCAAGCUGCAGAUCCUGCCAGGUUUCUUCUCCAACUGCCUUUUCCUGGCGGUCUACGACUCAGUGGCAUUGCUGAAGCAGGCGAUCACCUGGCUGAGUGGCCCAAGAGCUGGGGGCGGCGUGCCGCGCAUGCUGACAGUGGAGGGAAUGCAGACGGUGUGGAGGAGCUUCCUCCUGGAUGCCUGCAAGCCGGUGAGGCUGGGGGGCCAGGCCCCAAACCCGCGGGUGGUGCGGCUCAGCGAGCAGCGAGGGGAGGCAGAGCAGCUGCAGAGGGUGGGAGCACUGGCAGAGUGCCACCUGCUGGACUUCGCCAACCCCGGCCGGCCACUGGUGGUCAAUUUCGGCUCGGCCACCUGACCCCCGUUCGUGGCUAGCCUGCUCGCUUUCUGCCGCACGGCAGAGGAGUAUCAGGCUGCCGCCGACUUCCUUCUGGUCUACAUUGAUGAAGCGCACCCUUCGGACGGCUGGGCCGCCACCUCGCCCUUCCAGCUGCCCCGUCACCGGACACUGGCCGAGAGGUGCUCCGCUGCCAGCCUCCUCCUUCGGCACUUCCCGCUGCCCCCCUGGUGCCCGGUGGUGGCAGACUGCAUGGACAACGACAGCAAUGUGGCUUACGGCGUCUCCUUCGAAAGGUUCUGCAUCGUGCAGGAUGAGAAGAUCGCUUACCUGGGAGGCAAGGGGCCAUUCUUCUAUAGCCUGGCCGGAGUCAGGGCGUGGCUUGAACGCUACUGCCAGAAGCUAGGAGUAAAGGUUGGCAGCGAAGCAUCCCCUGACCUCCAAGCUCCCUUUCCAGCCACCACCCACAACCCUUGCCUGGACAUAUAACAUCCUCGGCUUCACCUGGCUCCUCUGAAGAAGAGUCACUGAAGAAUAAGAGCUGGACGAAACUGUCCCAGUCAUUACCGGACUCAAAAGUUCACCCUGUCUUUCUCUCCUCAGAUGCUGCCAAGCCCUGCCGAGCUUCUCUAAGUCUGUUUCCAAUUUCUGGCCGAAUCCACGGUGUUUUGCUUUGUUACGUGCAGUUUAAACACUGGCCUGGCAGUGCCCCCGAUCGGUCCUUCGCCAGCACAAGUCAAUGAACAGACCCAUCACUGCCAACCUGCCAACGGGCAACGAGAACACCUGGGUGAUAAAUGCUAACACAUCCAGCAGCAUUCGCAACCUGGGAUUGAAUUUAUUUGUACUUUUAAGAAAAGCAUCAAGAAAACCUUACCCCCUUCCCUGACUUCAAGCCACAAAGUGCCACGUUAAAAAUGCAAUGAACAGUCUCACCUAAAACCUUACAAGUGACAAAAAGACUGACCUGAACAAGAAAGUCUUUGUCCUGGACACAAAUUUGUUUUGUUUAAUUACUGUGAGACCAGUUUCAAAUAUUCCCUUUGUUUUCCCUUGAUUUUAUUUUUUAGACAGUAAUUUAUUUGUUUAGUUGAAUUCUGUAACACUCUCAACCGGGUUUAACUCCGUUCUUUUGCCAUUGUUCUCCAUGCGCUUUUCUUCAGAGUGUGCAGAAAGUAGCAUGUUACACGAGCAUCGUCCUGUCUUUUCAGUUCAGAAGAAGUCUCGAAGGACUCGAAACGUUUAACCCUGUCUGUCUCUCUCUCUCUUUCCACAGUUGCUGCCAGACCUGCUCAGUUUUUCCAGCAUCCUCUAGUGUUUGUUUCCAUUUUCCAGCACCUGCCUUUAUGUUUUAAGUUAUUGCGUUCCUGGGUCUGCCUGUGAAAAUCGAAUGAAGCCAGGUUGGGGAGGGAGUGGGCGUGUGGAAUGAAGAUAACUGACAAAAGAGCCCUGCGCUCAGUCAGUGUUCAGAAGAGAAAGCAGCACUGCCCACUCCUCUUGUGGUCUCUCACAGUAAGUGAAGAAUGUUGAAGGAGUAUGACUAUUUGCCUUGGAAUU